GCCCUUUCUUACUGAGUGUCAUUUGAGUUUUACCCCUCCUCCCAUGUGAAAAAAGUCGUGGCCAUUUUUAUGUAGACUAAGCCAGCUCAACGCUUGUUUCCGCAGAGUUAUUGAUGGAAUCUGCGAAUUAACGUCACGGUUCAUUUCUGCAGGGAACCUUCAAGCUAGGAUUUCCUCUGUGGGUAUAUGCCAUGAGUCAUGAAGAACAAACUGCUGAACGGGCAGUUUUGUCCUGGGCCAGGUUUGCCUCAGCGGGACAGACUGCCCUUAUAGAAGCAUUGCGAGUGUUUAACCCUAUAUCAAAGGAUAUGUCUGACACUGAGCAACAGAUGGUGUCUUUUCUGCAGGAACUCCGUGAGGAAGGUCACAAACCCACAGUUCUGAAAAGCAAGGAUGUGUAUGGGUACAGAUCCUGCACGACAGAGCCUCUCACAUCAGAAGCUAUUGCUAGAGCUCAGUGCAAGAUGUCAAAGCCGUCUAAAAAGAGAGGCCGCAAACCUCUAGUAAAAAAGAAAGAAGUAAACUAUGCGCUGCUAAGCUCAGCGGCCAAGGUCAUUCUGAAAAACCAACCCAAGAUCUUGCUAACAAACCUUUCAGUCGAUGCUCUUAAGCACACAGUGAACUGCAGAGAACAUCUUCGGAUGGGAAUACCUUCUCAGACUCAAUGCCUAAAGCUGACAAAUAUACAGGGGUUGUCAGGAGGCCCCACUGCCAGACUGCAGAUCCACCUGGACACUUACACAAUGGCUCGAUCUACUAUUUGUCCCCCUAGUUUGUCAGGCAUUCCUUGUCAGCCUUUGAGGACAACAGGCCAACCCACAACAGUUGUAGCUUUGAACAACAGACAUGUGCAAUCCCGACCUAUGAGGACUGACAUGACUCUCAUUGGAGAUUCUGCUCCCUUCAUUGUUCAGAAUGGCAUUCAUUUGAAAGAAAACCAUAAUUGCAAAACGGUCAGUAAUGACCUAGAUUGGAGGACCAAGAAGUCUGUGAAGAUCAUCGGAUGUCAUGAGUGUGUGCCUGGGUCCCACUCUUUGUUGACAAACAAUUGUGAACUUGGGCAGACUGAUAAUAGUCUCCUCUGGAAAGUUAUCAAAGUGGAUGACUCAUUCACAGAUGAAGAGGUCAGGAGGAAGGCACAACAAAUUUUUCAAGUUAAUUUGUCACCAGUUAUACAGAUUCAACCGCUCAUUGUCCAUCCUGUAUAGAACAGUAACUAUAGCAUCUAUUUUGUUUUCUUGGCUGUGCUCAUGGCCAUCAUUGUGAAAAUACAUUAUAAAGUGACAUUGCAAAGAAAAGGCAUGUACUCUGGUGAGCUCUACUGCUGAUAAGAAUUCAAGGAGGGAUUGAAGAUUUUUUGCCAGGCAGUGUGCAGAGCAUCCUUGAUUCCCUCAUUCCCUUGUAAAAAUGGAUGACUGUUAAUAUGAAGUCAAUAAGGUUUGAGAGGGUUUGGUGUGUACUACUGACAAAAAGUGAUAUACUUUUGUUUCUUUUGUGUCAAAGGGAGUUCUUCUUAGCUGUUCUAUGCCACUCAAUUGCCCUGUAGGCCACUCCAUUUUGUAUGAUAUUUGGCUAUUUAUACAUAAUCUUCCUAUUGGUUUGUUGAUUGGAAGCACUUUCAUAUUAAGUUGAUUUUAGCUCAUCUUUAACUGCCUUACAGUUUUGAUUUGGAAAAACUUUAUUUUUUUAAGCCUAAAUUUUCAUCUGCAUUAUAGAGUUAGAAAAGAGGCCUGUUUUUUUGUUGUUUUUGGUCUGUUUCAGUUGACACCACCCUUUGUCUCCCACAGAUGUGAUCUUGUUUGUGUCUAUAAUCAUGUAGAUGCAAAGUGUGACGACUGUCCUCUUACAGCUUACAACAACAAAUUAAAUGUGAUUUUUCUUUUUUUUGUGCCAACAUGCUCUUAAUUGUUAAUAAUUCAGUUUCUUUCAUUGGUUAUUUGGUCUAUGAUGCAUUUAAAGAUUGUAGUAGAGUUAAAUGGCAGCAUCAUUGCUGAAUAAUUUGAACAUCUGCUUAACUUAUGUAUAUACACAGUUUAGAAUAGGAGGAGUCUAGGGUCUUCUGCAAGGAAAAGGAAACCCUUUGUUGAAAAUGGCAUGUCUACAAAAAGCAUUUUCACCAAUAAAUUACUUGGAAUUACUAUAAGACACAUUCGGGAACUUGUGGAGACAAAAACAUUCAUGCUCAGUUAAUUUGGCUUAUACGAUCUUGUAUUUGCUUUUCUGUGGCUGAAGACGAACACUUGUUAUGAGUUUUUAAUUGGCAGUGUAUGUCUACGUACGCAAACACCACAGAAUGGUUCAGACCUUUUUUUGCCAGGGAUGAACUCGUUUUAGUUAUUUUCUGUAGCUAUUUAUUUCUAGGAAGGACAUGUAUGAACAUUUGACACUGGUGAAACAUUAAAUUUGCUCAAAGCUCUUUAACAGUGUAUUAUUGAAUAGUACAUUUCUGAAAAAGAAUCUUAAUUCUUCCCUAUUGAUCGUUUCUGCUCAUCUCCCACACAGUCUCAUAGUUGAGUCUGUGAGAACAUUAUGAUGAACUUGUCAGUGUUGUAUUUGUUUUAAGUGUUCAGAGACUAAUUAAAAUUCAUAUGAAAAUGUU